UUCUUGAAAUAUACGUGAUUCUGAACAUUUACAAAUUUCAAACAUUGAACACAAGUGCGCCUCUUCCUUCCUUCCUUUCCGUAAAGAAGAUGGCUGCUAUCAACGUAUGGCUGCUGUGUCUCUUGUGUGUAUCAUCGUGCAAUUCAGGGACAACAAAGACCAUCUAUGGUGCAGUCAGUGAAUCUGCAAGGUUACGCCACAGCUCCCCUCCUCUCAACCCUACACAGAUUCAAUGGCGCCACAAUGGAACAAUGUUCUUAUUUUAUAAUAAUCCAGGAGAACUUAAUUACCCACAGGAAAAUAAGUUUCAGCUGAAUAAAACAGAUGGAUCCCUUCAGAUCUUCAACCUAUGUGUAAAUGAUAAUGGGAAUUACAAAGUUACAAUAAUGAGUACAUCGCCUGAGAUCAGUGAAGAAAUAAGACUCAUUGUGGUUGAAAAGAUCAAAAAACCAGAGCUGAAGGUGUUGAAUGCGUCGCCCGGGACUGGAUUCUGCUUAGUGAACGUAAUGUGCAUUUCCUUCGACAACCACUCGGUGGAGGCAGAGUGCAACAUCACAUCUGGCACCUCUUCAUGUACAGAGACCAAGAAGGGCAGCUCUCCUGACCUCUACAUCUCAGCUCAGCGGAAAAUAAUUUCCUGCAUUAGCAGCAACUUUGCCAGCUCUAACAGCAGCAGCAUCUCUAUCAAAGACUACUGUGAAGGUUUUAACAAUGGAAGUCAUUACACAACCUGCGUUUUCUUAGUUGAGUUGCUACUUGUUUUAGUAGCUCUACUUUUUUAGGGAAUACUUUUAGUAAUGGGGGGGCAUGGUGGUGCAGUGGUUAGCACUGUUGCCUCACGCCUCUGGGACCUGGGUUCAAGUCUCCACCUGGGUCCGUUUGUGUAGUGUGUGUGUGCAGGUUUUUCAGCUGAUCAAAUCAAUCUUCAGCCAAUCAGUCCUCUAAUUAGGGAAUUGCAGCAAAAACCUGCAUAUACAGCAGCCCUUUCUGGAUAAGAUGCCCACCCCUGCACUAGUGGUACUAGCUGCAUAAAAUUCUAAUUAGGAGGCAGGAAAGUGGCAAACAUUGAAGCUUCCUAUUGGCUCUAGCAAAAGCUCCACCCAGCCAAAAUGUAACCCUAUAAAGUCAUUAUACUGUCAUUAGCUGCUUGCCCCUAGCUGGUAAUCCAUGCAGAAUAAAGCAUGAAAAUGAACCUAAAAGGUAUUAAAUCA